AUGUACAUCCGAGGAAUAGACGAGCCUCUUAUAUCUCGGAUAUUUGCCUUAACCCUGACUGGGGCUGCGCAGGCAUGGUUCUUUACCUUACCUGCCAACUCCAUUGGGUCUUUUGAGGAAUUUGGGAAAAAGUUCCUCUUAAACUUUGCAACAAGUAAGAAACACCCGAAGUCCGAGUUCACACUUGGAAAGAUACAUCAACAACCUGGAGAAACCCUCCAGAGAUACCUCAAUCGGUUCAAGGACGCUGCAUUGCAGGUGUCGGGUUUGCAAGAGAAUGUCCACGUACAUCUCAUUGUGGCUGGUUUGGACGGUACAUCUAGACUAGCCAAGUUGGUCUAUAAGGACCCAGUGAAGACGUUGGAAGAAUUCAGAACUCGUUCGAAAAAAUUCCUCGAACUUGAGCAAAUGAAAAUUGCCAAUGCGCAAUCUGACGAGGGCAAAAGAAUUAGCCCAAGAAGGAGAAGCCCGGCCCCGAAAGGAAAUGAAUGGGUUGAUAACAAGAAAAAAGAGUCCAGGGCCCGAUUCCCGGAUGAACGGGAUCGAGUUGGAAGAUAUGAGAAGUACACACCGCUAAAUGCGCCACGCUCUCAAAUCGGGAGGGAAGUGGCAAUGACGGGAAUGAAGAAGAAAUUUGUUCGAGAUGGAAGGUUACGCCAAUACGUGAUCAAAACCCAGGGUUCCAAAAAUAACAAAAGGAAGUCGGGAAACAUAAAUAGAAGUAAAAGCCCGGUUCCUGAAAAGAAAUACAAGGAGGAACGGAAUCAGAAAAACGAUUCCAACCAUGAUGAGUUCUCGGAAGCGGAAUUUGAUUGCAAUAUAAUUAGUGGAGCCCUGGGAGGAAGAGGAGACACGGUAAGUGCCAGAAGAAAGUAUUUGAAAGAGGUACUCUCCAUCCGAGACCGUCCUAAAUUCAAGGAAAACCUUAGCAAACCAGACCCUCCCCUUUUGUACUUCACAAAAGAGGACAUGCAUGGUGUGCUGCCGGGACAUGUAGACGGGUUAGUCAUUGCUGGAACCUUGGUAAAUUGCCAGGUUAAGAAAAUUUUCGUGGAUGGAGGGAGUAGUGCCAACAUCGUACUCUGGGACGCUUUCAAAAAGAUGAACUGGAUGUGGAGGACCUUAAACCUUGCAAAACGACUUUGA